AUGAAACAUACAAAGAAAAUGAUCAUGGUGCCCGAGAGCGAAUAUCUCACUCUUUUAGGCAUGAUUAAAAGUGGAGAUUAUCUUCAAACAGAGAAGACACAGACGGAUGUCGAUAUUAUGAAAACCCUCGAUGACCCUAAAAUUUCGGAAGAUUUGAAAGCAAAGAAAUACAGUUUAUUAUAUAAGAAGAGGCGUCAGCUCAAACAUGAGUUGGAAAAUCGGCCACAAAAAGUUAUUAUUGAUGAAGGAAAACCUGCUCCAGAUGUUGCACCAUACUUGCAGGAAAAUAUCGCUUCUACACCAAAACCAAAAUUAAUUCCCAACAAGCUCAAAUCAGCUUCAAACUCCGAAUAUCAGACGGAUUCAGAAGUAACUCCUAAGUUGCCGCGAGCAAAAAGAAAAAGUGCAAUUCCUUUUUCCAAAUUCAAGGGUAUUAUUGCAUCACGUUAUUCCACAGAAUUGGAUAAUUAUGUUAAAGUUAAUGCUGAAAAAUUUAGAAUAAGUAAGAACGGGAGUUUUGAAUCUAAUGUCCCUGGAAGACUUGUAAAGAAUAGCAAUUUCACAGAUGUUCUCGAAUAUAUAAAGGGCGAGACAUCAUCGCCCCCAAAAGAUGAUUAA